AUGACGUGGGUCGAGUUCCUAAAAUGUUGGGAAAAGGCACCAGAUACACCCAAAACUCCAUCUAUUACUCAGCAAGUAACUAGCACAACCCAGGAGGAGAAUGAUAUGACAGAAACCUCAUCACAGCACAGUGAAACUGAAUCAGAGGUCAUCAUCGAAAUAAUCCGGGAUAUGAUCACCAAUAAACCUGAAGCUCUUCAAGAAAUCCGUUAA